AUGGGGGCAUUCCUCAGUGAAGCAGGUAGGAAGAAGUUGAUAGGGAUUUUAACUGGUGCAGGGGCUGUGUACUUACUGUACAGAGCCAUUUGCUCAGGGUUUGCCACCCCGGAGGAGGACGGUGAAGACUUGCUCAUUGAUAGAUGUGGCAAUAGUAUCCUGGACAGUAUUGGAGUUCUGGGUGAUCGCACCAUCUGCUCAAACUCUGUCAAGAUGAACUUGCAGGAUCUGAAGACCGUUCUGACGAUUCUCCAUGAAAGUAAGGAUCCUAUUAUUCGAGGGACCAUCCUUACUGGUAUUUAUCGCAUUCCCGGCUUUUUUAGCAACCAGGAGCUCUUCCGCUCUGAAGGCGGCAUUGACAUCAUCGCGGAAUCGCUGGACGAUCCACUCAACUACAUCAAGACCAGCGCCGUGAUCGCUCUUAACUUCCUCAGUAACGAUCCGGUGAACCGUGAGCUGCUGGCGAAGUACAUCCCGCAGGUGGUGAAGCUGACCACUUCGACACUGCAAGAGUUCGAGCAGCUCCCCUGCCUGCGGUUCCUCACCAAGCUGUCUCAAAACCAUCAGACCCACGUCGCGCUGAGACACGUCAUCCCCGACUUCUUCCACCUGCUGGAGAGCGGCUCCUCCAUUAUCAAGUUCCAAGUGCUCCAAAUCCUCAUCAACUUCUCCACCAACUUGGAACUGACCUUUGACAUGCUCAACGUCCAGGUUCCAGAAUCCUUCCUUUUCCUCUUUAACUACUUUCAGCGACAGGACAUUCUGAAUGACCUCCUCUUGCUAAUAGGCAACUUGAACGAGAUCCAGAAGAGUCUCCCCUACAGGUCAAGAAAGCAUGAAUACUGCGACAAUUCCAUCUUUGUGCUAUUGUUUGGUCCCAGCUCACAGCUUUCUAGCAGGCUUAUCUAUUUAAUGGCUUUUCCAGAUGACAGGAUUAAGCUGCAGGCUGCCAGGAUAGUCACAAACUUAGGCUGA